CUCCGCAACAGUAGAAGAAGAAGUCCGUCUCGUGUGCAAGAAUAAAAACAAUAAAACGAAAUGGUUCGUAAAUUAAAAUAUCACGAGCAGAAGCUCCUGAAGAAGGUCGACUUCAUCAACUGGGAGGUGGACAACAACCUCCACGAAGUUAAAGUACUGAGGAGGUUUCGCAUCGAGAAGAGGGAAGACUACACUAAGUAUAACAAACUGAGUCGUAACAUCAGAGAGCUGGUGCAGAAAAUCCGAGACCUGGACGAGAAGGAUGGCUUCAGAGCUCAGAGCACGCACCGGCUGCUGGAGAAACUGUACAGCCUCGGCCUCAUACCCACCAAACAGAACCUGUCCCUGACGGAGAAAGUCACAGCUUCCUCGUUCUGCAGGCGGCGGCUGCCCGGCAUCAUGCUGACUCUUCGCAUGGCACAGAAUCUUAAGACGGCCAUAACGUUCAUUGAGCAAGGACACGUGCGCGUGGGCCCAGAUGUUAUUACAGACCCUGCCUUUCUUGUCACAAGAAAUAUGGAGGAUUUUGUUACGUGGGUGGACUCCUCGAAGAUCAGGCAGCACGUCAUGAACUAUAAUGACGAGAGGGACGACUUUGACAUGGUGGCAUGAGUCUGGAUCGCAGGAAUAAUAUUCUGCUGGCUUGACUGUGAUGUCCAUUUAUCAACAACAUAUGAGUCUUUACUCUUAAAUUUUAUCAGCUGGGAAAAUGUCUCAGGAAAA